GGUCUAACCACAACAAAUAAAAUAGGCGAGCUAUGUCAACGUUUUCUCAUUGCCCAAUCAAGACAUGUACAAGGAUACACGGCAACAGAACUGAAGCUCUCAUGAACUCGGACAAAUGGUAAACAAAAUGGUUUACCCAUGCUUGACUGGCUUCGCUUGACGACCAAACACAUUCGAAGGAAACCAAGCCAAUGGCGUUGGCGCUUUUAGACAGAAAAAAACCAUACAACUAGCUCAAUCGAUUCACCUGUAAAGCAGACAGUAUGAAUGAAGACAAUAACCAACUCGCUAUCACAGGACUUUGAAUAUUCCAUGUGACCUUUUUGUUUUCUAAUAAUAUUAGCCAAUCAGAACGUUACUUCCUGCCGUAUCGCUAUGUAGUGCAUUGCUUCCUUUUUUUAUCCAAUAAAGUGCGGAUUCCCUGGUUUGUUUAUUUUAACCACUUGAUUUAACUUCCCAUGUUUAAAAAUACACAUAAGACACACGACAGGCAAAAUUCAUUAUGUAUUUAAAACCCAACUUAAAUAUUCUGUGCUUAUUUUCAAAAAAGCUCCGAUUGUAAACAGACAUGUAUGCAACUGUGCAUCGUAUAUAUUGUUGAGCAUGUUUGUAUUUUGUGAAACAUGUGAAUGCAUAUAUGAAUAUUGAACAAGCUAUUGAACAUUAAUAAUUCGUGAAAACGGUUCUUCGCAUUGAGCGAAUUGAAAAUUCUGUGGAAAUAUAUUGUGGGAAACAUUCCAUAAUUUGGGCCACUGGAUCUUCCUCAGCUACACGACAACUUGACAUCACGUCUACUGUCCAAAGAUGCAUGUUCCAAGUCCCUAUGGCCCAAUGCAAUCGCAACUCUAUCUUCAGCAGCAGUCUCAGCACCACCAAAAUCAGUUUAGAAAUUACCAGGGUCAUUGCCAAUCCGCGCCUUUCCUUCAUGCAAUGGAGGACUUGAAGAUCUCUUAUUAUGAUGAUCAUCAACGACUGAGGCUGCCUGUCAGUUCCCACUCACAGAACAAUUGCAUAAUGAGGCAGUCUGAAAGCCCUGUUUCACAUAGGAACAGCCAAUCGUCAUCUUGCCCAGUUUCACCCAUUUCUAGCUGUGGAAGUCCACGAUCAUCUCAUUUUCCAGAACAGAUUUCAUCCCCACAGCAUUACGACAACAUGUCCCAUCUCCCGACUUCUAAUUCGGCAUACCAUUCAAACCAACAAGGUUUCUCCCAUCCAGCCUUUCCGCGCAAUCAGAUGCACUCUACUGACAACAAUUACAGUCAUUUCGAACACCAGCAGCGAGGUCGAGGUCACGUGACUCGGAUCAAUUCUCCAAACAAUGGCAAUUCCAUAGUAUCCCCAAGCACGCCCUAUCACCAAAACUCUUCUUCGCCUCAUCAAGCUUACAGCGGAGUACCUCGGUCUUCAUAUCUACAAAACGGCGGUUUGGUAGGAAACUCAUACACCCGGGCUUCCCAAUUGUAUCCCCCUCACCCAGCCUUACCCCCAACCUCCGGAUGCUCACGACAAACGUUUCCCUCGCCGCCUCACCCAUGCGCCAUUUCCCAAGAAGAUAGCGGCAAUCAACAUUCGCCUAUAAUGAGUUGUCAAGAGCAGUUGCCAAAUUCCCAUGAGUCUGGCAAUCAAAGAAUCCUCCCUCACACUGAUCUUCAACAGUACCCAGACGGCUACCCUAUGUCUCCGCACCAACAAGUUAUGGUUCUAAAUGGGGAGAAUCUUCACCCAGUGCCUUGCCAAUUUCCCAUGACCGAUGUGCAAGAAGAAGAGCCGCUAUACGUCAAUGCUAAACAGUACCAUCGAAUUCUGAAGCGAAGACAAGCCCGAGCCAAACUGGAGGCUCAGGGGAAAAUUCCAAAAGAGAGAAAGAAAUAUCUUCACGAGUCCCGCCAUCGGCACGCCAUGAACCGCUGUAGAGGGGAGGGUGGUCGAUUCUUCUCCACUAUGUCCAAAGAAAUCAAAACAGAACCUGAUGACGCAAUCAAGCAGGAGCCAAAGGAUUAUGAGGAACUUGGCGGUAUCGAUAGUGCCUACGAUAACCCACUAAACAACGGUUCUAUGGGAUAAUGGACACGAUGCUAAACUCCUUCAUGAUCGGCUUACUUAUUUUUGUUUUCAAGAUCAAAAAUUUCCAAAUUUCUUAUCUGCAUAAAAAAAAAAAACUCGUGAAUUAAAUACCCGAUCAAAAAUUAAGAAUAUUUUAAAUGAGCUAUUAGGUCCUACAGUAAGCAACUUCGACGAGCGUUUGCAGCGCUUUGGUUGUUAAAUAUGCACUUUCUUUAGAACUUAUUUUUAUGAUAAAGAUUAUACGUUAUGAGAAAUCUGCUCAAGAAUAAUGUGUUCACAUACUGUUAUGUAGGUAUAGAAAUAAUUUAUUGUUAUAUUUAUUGAAAAUGUGUUCUAUUUGUUAUAUGAAUUGUUGCAAUAUUAACAUAAAAAAAAUUCUUCAUUGUCGAAAAAAAGAAGAAAAUUUUUCAUCAUGUUGUUAUGCAGUCAUGUAUUGUAUAAGAUUUUAUGAACUGCCUUUGUAAAUAUAUGCAUUGUAAAUAAUCGCUUGUGGCGCAAUUUUUGUGUUUUAUUUCAAUAGCAGGAUGGGAUCCGUGAUGACGUCAUGAUGAUCUGAUCUUGGGUUAAUUUAGUGUAUUCGGAUAGCUUUUCUUUAUCAAAGUAGAUUUGGUUUUUGGUUGAAAAAUGCAUAUAAAACUCUACGAAAUAUUUUGCUAAUUCCGUCCCAGCUGACAUCACGCUAAUAAGCUUGUGUUAACGUAACUUUUGCAAUGUCAAUAAAAUAUUGUUUGAAAAUGGUGUUUUAUUCCCUUACUUCUUAAUCCAGCA